GGAGAAACCAACAACAGAUCUCGACACCCCAGCCCUGGCAGAAAAAAAUCUCGAGCCCGCCGAACGGAAAUUCCUACUGCGAGGCUAUUCGCAUGUUGGCACUGCGUCGAAAUUGUCUCCUUUGUCGUCGCGCUUCAAUGCAAUCUGAGAAUCCUGCAAUUUGAAGCUGCUUUUUGCUGGAGACUGCUUAUCAACGAGCUGCCUACAUACUCACCGAAUCCCUGUUUUCUUUUUUGCCUUGGACACGUUCUACCCUCUAGCGGCGCGAACAUCGAAUUCGCGGACGGACACGCCCAAUUCGCCUCUACAACCUGCCGGCGUGACGCUGCUCUGAAUCGCAGAGCCUAGUCCGUCAUCAUGGCCUACAAUCCGUAUGGAGCUCCGCACAAUCCCUAUGGCGCGCCACCUGGAUAUGGCUAUCCUGGCGCGGCGCCUGGAAUGGCCGCUCCUCCUGGGUUAGGACCUCCACCAGGCAUGUCUUCUGCCCCAGGAAUGGCCCCUCCGCCGGGCUUCCAGCAAGCCAACGUGCCCCAAGCUAAUCGUCCAAGUGGCCUGCCGCCCUUCCAAGCCCCAACCAACAUGCCGAACAUCAACUUCAACGCGCCCGUGAUUCGACUGGGCACAGGAGCGUCAGCCGGCGGCGGCGGCAGAUCCGAUGACCGACCAGCACAAUCUGGAGGAAGAGCUGGGCUUGGUAUGGAAAGAGGAUCAGACCAAGGGCGAAUGGCAGCGAGAGAGAGCAUGCAGACGCUACUGCCUCCCACGAGCGACGAGAAACUACGAACGAUCUUCCUACAUCAAAUCCCGGAGGGACUGGGCGGCGACGAGGGCACCAAGAAGCUUCUUGGGGCCGUCGGUAAGUUGAGACGCUGGGAUCCGUCGGAUAGCACGUCGGAAGAGAGGAAGGGAACCAAAUUCGGCUUCGCCUUGUACGAGGACUUUGAUUCUCUGGCAGCUGCGGUCAAGCUCCUGAGUGAAGAAGAGGUCCAAAUCCCCACUAAGAAGCAGCCGAGUACUAGUGAUCCGCCAGCCGACGACUCCUUUGAGGAUGUUGAGAAGAUAAAAUUGCAAGUGGCUGUGGAUGCCACAUCGCUCAGUUAUCUGGAGACAUAUAAAGAGGGCAAAGGGGACGAUGCAUCCUUUGAGCAGAGAAUAGAGAGCGCCCGCACUGCGCUGAAACAGGUUAUCCGAGAGCUCUUCUAUCCUCCUGUGGUCGAGACAGCCGAUACUAACGGCGAUGUUGCUAUGGGCAAUACGGAGACUGAGGAGAACGUGGAGGUGGUCAAUAUACCCUUGGCACAGGAAGACGAGCUGGCAGAUAUUCCCCCUGAGAUGCGAGAAGUUGUUGCUGGAGAGAUUGCUGCCUUCCGUGAGCGCAGCAAUCAACGGGACAUGGAGCGCCUGCAACGAGAAGAGGAGCUCGAAGAGAUGGAACGACGACGCAACGGCGCUGGCCGAUCAAGACUUGCUUCACCACCGAGGAACUCAAACAAUGUGCCCCUAGGACCACGAGGCGUAUCGGUGCCCAACGCCCCCUCCGGCCCCAAGGGUCAAGGCGGAUCCAACCGAGUUGCCUUUGUCAAUGGAGGAAUGAACAAUUCAGAUCUGUCCAUGCGGAGAGACGACGAGGAUACCGACGCCAGUGACGAAGAGCUCUGGAGGAGAUAUACGGCUGAACGGAAGGCUGAGGAUGACAAGAUCUAUGCGGAAGCAGAGAGGAAAUGGGUCAACCGAGAGCGAUCACGACAGGCUGCACUGGAGCGAGAGCGGGAACGAGAAAGACACGACAUUGAAAAUCUGGAGAGAAGAAAGCAAGAACAGCUGGAGAGGGAAAAGACUUGGGAUGAUGAACGAGAGGCGGCCCGUAAAUCACACAUCUACUACCGAGAUCGCGCCGGCUGGGCAAGGAAACGAAACUCGGAUCGUGCUGAGGAAGAGGCAAGAGACGAGGCCGACCGGCAGGCCGAAAAGGUGGAGCGAAACCGCGAGCAGGCCCGACUGGAGCAUGCUAGGGGCAUGGCAGACGAUUUCCUGGACCAGCAGGCUCGCGAGAUGGAGCAGCGCGAAGCUGCUGCUGCUGCCGCCGCACCGCAGCCAUUCAAGCUUUCUCUCGGAGCGGCGGCUCAGAGAGCCCAGGCCUCACGCGCAGCACCGCAGCGUCGCACAAUCGCCGAAGUCGAAGGUCUCCUGGACGACGAAGAAGUCGAGUCCACCAGACGACAGCUUAUCCCCAUCCAGCUGGACACCACCUCUGGAGCCGCAGGCAUGUCAGAAGAAGAAAUCUCGCAGGCCGUCCGAGCACUCGCCCAGGAAAUUCCCUCGGAGAAGGACGGCCUCUGGGCGUGGGAGGUCAAGUGGGACUUUAUGGACGACACAGUGGUGCGCGACAAGCUGCGGCCGUUUGUGGAGAAGAAGAUUGUGGAGUAUCUCGGCGUGCAGGAGGAGAUGCUGGUGGAGGCUGUGGAGGAGCAUUUGCGGAAGCAUGGCACGGCUGGUGCUUUGGUGGAGGAGCUCGAAGGGGCAUUGGACGACGAAGCAGAGGAUUUGGUCAAGAAGCUCUGGCGUAUGCUCAUCUUCUUUACCGAGUGCGAGAAACGAGGCUUGCCGGCGUAAAAAGGGCUGUACCGGUUCGGACAUGGGAUACCACUACACGGAUGUUGUUUUUCUGGCAAUUUCUCUAUAUUAAUUUGUUGCUUCUUUAUUUUUUUCCCCCCUUUUAUCUCAAUUCAUUCUUGGCACUCGCGUCUCUCGAUUUAGAGAGGUGCACGCAACUGCCAUUACGAAAUAAAACAAUGUAGGAAAGAAAAACGUAUGUAUAUAUAUGCGAAUUGAGAGCAAAGUGCAAAGAAAACAGGGGAGCCGAAAACACCAAAAAAUACUCUUUACAUGUACAACUAGGAGGGGAAUUCAGGCACUGGGGAUUUUGAAAAUAGCCUAGGAAAUGUUUUGUAAAUAAAUAC